AUGGCUUCCUCUUCCACCAAACUGAGCGUGAAGUUACUCAUCGACUCGAAGCGUCAGAAAGUCUUGUUCGCCGAAGCAUCAAAAGAGGUCACAGAUUUCCUCUUUAAUUUGCUUCGCUUGCCUCUGAGCACAGUCAUAAGGCUUUUAAGCAAGGAUGGCAUGGUUGGAUGCCUAGGCAAUCUCUAUCAAAGUGUUGAAAAUCUGAGUGACACUUACAUGCAACCAAAUCAAUGCAAGGAUGUGCUCCUGAAGACACGAGCCCCCGUAAUCUCAGCCCUUCUUCCCUCGAAAAAUGAUUGUGACGAUGACAACUUAGAAACUUCAUUCUACACUUGCCCAAACAAUGGUAAUUAUAAUAACUGUGGUUAUAAUGUUACAUGCGAUAACCAGACUCGUUGUCCUCGGUGUAAUUGUGCUAUGAGCAAGGUAAUAAGUUAUGUUGGUAACAAGGUUGCUGAAGAUGUAUUUCGUAAGAGUGGCUAUGUGAAAGAAGUUGUUACUUAUAUGGUCAUGGAUGAUUUAGUCAUCCAACCCAUGUCUACCAUUUCAAGUAUCACUUUACUCAAUAAGUUCAAUAUCAAAGAGGUUGGUGCCCUGGAAGAAAAGGUGGUUGAGUUGGGGAUAACUCAGGGAGUCAAUAUUCUCAAGGCUUCACUCCAAUCCAAGAUGGUGCUGACAAGUGUUUUUCUGAAGAACAUUACGGGAUCCUAG